AUGGCAGAAUACAAGAAGGCACAGGCGCGCGUGCGAGACUUGGUCGAUCGGCGUAGGCAGCUGGAGCGCCGUCUGGCGGCGAUGGAAGACAGCAUCAUCCAGAAGGAGUCGGCUUACCUCGACAGCACCCCCAGCGGUAACAUCAUUACCGGCUUCGACAACUACAUGAAGGGCACGAGUGGUGCGGCGGCCCAGCGACGCAAGACAGGCCCAGCAGAGCAGAACCGCGUCUUUUCGCGCUCAUCCAUCUCAUACCGACCGAAUAAUGGGGACUCUUCAGCCCCUGGCUCAGUAGGCUCAACGCCUGCGCCGACACCCCUAUCCACCACGUUCCGGGACAGCGCAUCGGGCAAUCCUACGCCAACAUCGGCGGGCGGAAACAAGGCGAGCAAGCCCAAGAAGAGAGACACGGAAGAUAGCGAGAAUGAUGCGCAGACGAACAAGAAGCGAACGAAUUUUGGGGCAUCUAGAAAAUGA